AUGGGCCUGCCUUUUUGCAUAUCCCCCGCCGGAGCUCUGUCAGCCGGAGAAGCCUGCUUGGGCGCGUUUCGCAAGCCGGUUGAGUUCAACCAGGCCAUUGCCUACGUCAACAAGAUCAAGAAUCGCUUCCAGCACCAGCCGGACAUCUACAAGCAGUUCCUCGACAUCCUGCACACCUAUCAGAAGAACAACCGCUCCAUCCAGGACGUCCGCAAUGAAGUGGCCCACCUGUUCAGCAUGCACUUGGAUCUGCUGGAGGAGUUUUCGCAAUUCCUCCCGGAUACCAGUGCCCCGGAGGCGGACGCCGGGUCCGGCGACCUGCCUGGCAGUCUGACCGACUCGGGCCCCGGUGGCGCGGACUUCCCCGGCACCGGCCCCAGCGGGCUGGAGCCCUCGGACGCCGUGAAUACCCUCUCCUCCGCCGGUCGGUCGCUCGAUGGUGUUGACGAUCUUGCCGGGGCCCGUGGCGUGGGGCUCCUGCUCGACCCCGCCGGGGAUGGGCAUCCCAGCACCGUCGGGCACCCUGGUGCCAAGGCCGGCCCGGGCGCCAAGGGCCCCAAGGCCGACACCAAGGCCACACCGGCGGCGGCGGCGGCGGCUGCCGCGGCGGCGGCGGCUGCGGCGGCGGCCGGGCAGAAGCGCGGCGCCACUGCCGCCGGGGUUGGCGGCCUCCCUUCGGGCGCCAACUCGGCGGCGUCGAAGCGCGCGCGUAUGGCGGCGGCGGCGGCGGCUUCGGCGGCCGCUGCUGCGGCGGCCGCUGCCGCCGCCACCGGGGUGCCGGCUGCCGGCGGAAGCCAGCACCACUUGGCUCCGGCCCCUGGGGCGCCCGGUGCUGGGCACCAUCUUGCCCCGGCGCCGGGGGCUUUGUUGCCCCCCGGCGGGCAGGCCGGCCCGGCACUUCCCCAAGCGCCGGCGGUGCUGAAUGUCAAGCCGCAACUGCCGACCCCGAGCACGGUGGGCCUGUUGCCGCCGAAUUCCGUGUCCGGGGCGGUGCUGGCCUCGGCUUCGGCCAUGGCGGCCAAUGUGUCCAAGGCCAUGGGGCCGCUGGUGACGCCGGCCACCACGCCGCUGGCCGCGCCGGCCGGCUCUGCCCUGGGCAGCCUGCCCAUGUCGGCGGCCUCGGGGCUGGUGUCCCUGACCGGCGGGUCGACCAUCCUGGACAUCGACAUCCUGGAGCGCACCAAGGCCAUCCUCUUCAGCACCGGCAAGGGCCGCCUGGUGUACAAUGAGUUCCUCCGGUGCCUGUCGCUCUUCUCGGCCCAGGUGAUCUCCGCGCGGGACCUCUACCGGGUCAUCCAUGUGCUGUUGAAUAGCAGCUGCGCCGGGCAAACCGGCUCGGCACACGGCCAGUAUGAGGAUCUCCUGCGGAGCUUCCGCAUUCUCCUGAGCCUGGAGCUGGAUGCGCCGGUGUCCGGCGGCACGCAUCGCAGCCAGCGCGGCAGCAUCGAUCCGGACCUGGUGCACGCGCGCAAUCUCGAUCCCGACGAUUAUGCCGAGGUGGAUGAUGACGGUGUGGCCGGGCGGUCGCUGGUGGACAGCCCCCGGCAGCUGGCCACCGAGAGCCUCCCCCGGCAUGGGCCCAGCUACCGGCUGCUGCCUCGGCGUUACCAAUUCCCCCGGUGCUCCGGCCGGGAUGAGCUGUGCGCCGAGGUGCUGAAUGAUGUGUGGGUGUCGGUCCCCUGCUUCAGCGAGGACAACCGGUCGAUCACCAUCAAGAAGAACCCCUCGGAGGAGGCCACCUCCCGGUCGGAGGAUGAGCGCUAUGAGCUGGAUCACAUCCUGGAGCUCAAUGCCCAAACCAUCCGGGUCAUGGAGGAUGUCAAGCGCCAGAUGGACCUGAUGACCGAUGCCGAGCGCCGAGCCUUCCGCCUGGAUGAGCGUCUGGGCGGGACCAGCACCCGGCUCUAUGCUCGGGCCAUUGGCCGGAUCUAUGGCGACCACUCGCCGAUCAUCAUCCAGGGAUUGAUGAACUCCCCGGCCCAGGUGGUGCCCAUGGUGCUGGACCGCCUGCGGGACAAGGAGUCCGAGUGGCUGCGCGCCCAGCGGGAGUGGAACAAAAUUUGGCGCGACUCCUACACCAAGAACCACCUGCGCGCGUUGGAUUACCAACACGUGCAGUUCAAGCAGCAGGACAAGCGUUACAUCACUUCGCGCUCGCUGCUGCAGGAGAUCGACUCGCUGGCCAGUGGCACCCUGGCCGGGGUCGGGGCCGGCAGCGCCAUCUUCGGGGCCACCAUCGGCCUGGGCACGGCGGCGCUGCAUGCCUUCCCGCCGCACUUUGACAUCUGCCUCGGCGAUGAUGAUGUCGACAUGGCCCGGCCGCAGAAUGUCGGCAAUGAUGCCAUCACCUCGCUCUCGGCCUCGGUUCGUUUGGCCCAGGUGGCUGAUGGUGUCAGCCGGCCGGUCCACCCGGCGCAGAGCACCGCCCCGGCCGAUGCCUUCCGUCUGGUGGUCGGGCUGCUGGAGCGCGAGCGCGAGCGCCUGUCCGGCGCCCAGCAGCAUGAUCGCGAGCGGGCGCUGCUCUUCAUGACGCACUUCGUGGCGGUCUUCCUGCGUUUGCCGGUGUCCACCAAUGCCGAGUCGGACGCGACGGCCGAUGGCCACUCGGUGGCCGAUGGCCACUCGGCCCCGACGCCGCCUCUGGGCUCUCCGUCGACCGGCGGCCCCGGCGCCGGGCCCACCGGUGCCGGGUCCCGCUCGGUGACGGCCUCCUGCUCGGUGGACGGCCUGUCUGCCGGGAGCAAUGGGGCUUCGCCGGGGGCCGGGGCCGGCAACACCGGCAUUCGGCCUCCGACCGGGGUUUCCUCGCGUCAGUGCCCGGCCUCGCAGGCCGGGCUUCCAUGCGCAUGCGACUUCGUCAAUCAGUCUCUGACGCGCGUGUGUGCCGGGUCCUUCCUGCGGGACUUGAGCGAUGUCUUCUUCGCGGAUAGCACAUUGUACUCCUUCUUCCGGCUGUUCCUCCUGCUGGUGGUGCGCCUGGCCCGCUUGGAAACCGCCGGGGCAUUGAUCUUCCUGGACGAGUCGCUGGGCUUCUGCCGGGUGAACCGUUCGGCCCGGGACCUUGGCCUCCAGCGGGCUCCCUGCUUCGAGGUGACCGGGGCCGGGAAUGCGGCCACCAGCGGCAAGCUGGCCGGCCGGCAGACGGCCGCCGGCCAUGGGACCGGUGCCAUCUCCAGCGGGGACCCCGGUGCCGACCCGGAUGCCGGGCCUGCCCCCCGGCCGGACCCGAUCGACCCCUACCCCAUCCUGCUGGGGUUGAUUGAUUCGCUGCUUCAGUCGACCAUCGAGACCAGUCGCUUUGAGGAGGCCGCGCGCGAUCUCUUCGGCACUCGUGCCUAUCCCAUCCACACGGUUGACAAGGUCAUUCAGCUGAUUGCCCGGCUGGCGGUGCAAAUUUCCUCCUCGGCCACUUCCAGCCGGCUGGUCGGCCUGUAUUUGAUCCAUUCCGGCAGGCCGCAGAUGCCCGAGGCCUUUGAGGCUCACAUUUCCGAAGAGGAGCUCGCCCAGCUGGAUGCCCAGUUUACCGACCCCGCUGGGGGGGCCGGCAGCGAUAGUGAUGACGACCGGGCCGCCUCGCCGGCGGCCGGUGGUCGGCCGUCCUCCAGCCGGAGCAGCUCCUCCGGUGGCCGUGCCGGUGCCGGUGGUUCGGGCGCCUCGCGUCGGAGCCGGAACACUCGCAAUUCCCGGUCUUCCGCUCUGUCGGAGGACACCCUCAUGGCGGACUCGCUCAAGUCUUCUUCCUCCUCCUCCUCCUCCUCGACGUCUUCGCUUUCCUCGAUCGACUCGACUGCCGACGAUCCGGCCUCGACCGCCGGCUCCAUGCUAGAUGAGGAGUCCGGCGUGCGGGUCAAGUCCGAGAGCACCACCGGCGAGGGGGAAGAUUCCCAUGUCAAUGGUGGGGCCAUCCUGCAGCGCAAGCGGGAUGCCCUGCACUCGCUCAAGCGCCUGCCGCGUACAUGCUGCCUGUCGGUCGAUGGGGAUGGCCGGUGCACCCUGCCUCCCGGGGCUUGCCCUUCGGCGACUUUGGCCCGGUUGAUUCCCACCUCGUCGGAUCUGCAACUGUACCUGGCCCGGGCCGAUGCCCUGGUGCGUGGGUCAUCCGAGACCGCGCUCUUCCGCAUUGACUACCUCUUCCCGCCGGUGACCCCGGCGGCCGGGCCAGGUGGCGAGUCGCCGACCGCGGCCACGGCGGCCGGCCUUGGCGCCGGGCCGGCGGCCAGCCGCCCCAUCAUCACGACAUCCAUGCUGGACUCGGUGGCGGCCAUGCACCCGGAGGUGGCGGCCGCCGCGGCCGCCGCACCUCCCCGGCGGCAUGUCGGCAUGGGGGCCAUCGUCUCCUCGGACCCGGAGCUCCCGCGCCGGACGCACAACAACCCGCUGGAGUACAAGCCGCGCUUUGCCACCUCCCCGCCGACUCCCUCGCCGGAUCUGCCGCGGGUGCUCAUUCGCAUGCUUCCCCCGCGGGCGGCCACCUUCACGGCGCAGGCCCUGUCCACGGCGGCCAGCCGUACCGGCGCCUCGCCGGACCAGGUGUCCUCACUGACCAUUGUUCCGCCAGUCGAGGCGGACAAUGCCGUGGGGCCCAUCUUCCCGCCCUUCGAUCGGGCCUCCUUCGAAAAGGCCCAGCAUGCAGCCGAUGGUGGCCUGGUCCUGCCGGUGGAUCUCUCCCUGGCGGGGCGGCCGGGUCGCACCUGCCCGAGUAUCUACUGGCUGCAGCGGUCCUCCGAGCAGCAGCAGCAGCAGCAACAACAAUCUGCAAGGUCCUCGGGAGGCGCCAGCAGCUCGGGUAGUCCGCUGAAUCGGGGCCCCGACCGGGGCCUGUAUGUGGCGGCUUCGCGUGCGGUUGCGACGGCCGAUUCGGGGUCCAGUCUGACCGUGCGCUUUGGCAGUGCGGCCACCGACAACUGGGCCGAGUAUGUGGAUCUGUUUGUCCGUUCGCCGGCGGCGGCGGCUGCCGCCGCGUCGGCCUCCUCGACUCCGAGCAGCCCGACUUCCGGUGAUGCCACGCCCGUGGCUCUUCCCUUCCUGCGUCGCUCUUGGACUCGGCGGUCGACGGUCUCCCCGGCGGCCGUCCGCUCGGCCAGCUCGUUGGCCUGCAAGAUCAAUCUCAACACGUAUCGGCUGUUCUUCGUCGGUGGCGGGGAGGAUAGCUUCCUGCUGGCCUCGCCGGGCUUGCAGGGGCCCGCCGCGACGCGGGCUCUCGGCACCACCACCGGUCGCGUUGGGCGUUUCCGCCGGAAGAUGGCCUCGCUCUUGGCCGCCCUGCCGGCGGCUGCUGAGCCCACGCAAGCCAGCCCGGUUGCCGAGGAGCCGACCCCGAUGGUUGUCGAGGAGCCAGCUGUUGCCGCUUCGACGGUCGGGGGUGGCUCCUCCAUCACGGCGGAGCCGGCCACCGCCAGCGUGGCCGGGUCCUCCAAUCCCGAUGUCAAGACACCGGCCUCAACGUCAAUCCCACCGGUCCAGGUCAAGAGUGAGAAGCCGGCCUCGUUGGCGACCUCCAUGCCGGCGUCCAGCUCGACACCGGCGCCGGUGGAAAUGGCCGCCCUCGUUCCGCCAAGUGCCGGCGAUGCUCCCCAUGCCCCAGGCGCCUCUCCGGCACCUGGUGCUUCGUCGACUGGCGCAUCCUCCCCGGCCAAGGCGGAUGCCAUCAUGCAGCCAGCCCCCUCUUCCUCCUCCUCUUCCUCUUCAGAAAGCGCCCCGGCUCCGAGCUCUUCUUCUUCUUCUCCACCGGCUGCGGCGGCAAUGCCCGACACCACUGGAGACAAUGCUGCCGCCUCCCCGGCGGCAGCCCAGGCGGCAACUCCGCCGGCCGCGGAGCCUUCUUCAGUCGCUGCCCCGGCUACCAUUGUCCCGGCCGCCCCCGCCCCCGCCGCUGCCGCUGCCCCUGCCAGCACUCCGGCCGUCGAGCCGGCCUUCCCAGCCGCCAGUGGGGGAGAUCUCCAGCCCGGCAAGUCAUCUACCGCUCUCCCAUCGCCCGCCUCCAAGGCGGUGCCUGCCGAUGGCAAGGUGACCUCUCCUCGCCCGGCCGGCAGCCCAGCCAACGAGUGA